UUGUUGGAUAAGAGCAAAUCAUUUUAUAUUUUGCAUGUAAUUUUAUUAUGAUAACGAUUAAUGAAUCCUGGGUUAGAUUGAGCACGGGACAAUCCUCUGUCGACUUCUGACUGUACACGCACCUUAAAAUUUGCGAGGGGGUCUAUCUUAUUUGACAGUGGAAACUUAGGUUAAUGUAAACGGACAAGUAUAUGGACUGGAGAGAGCUUUGUGGGGAAGGGUUUUAAAGGUUGCUUAAACCAUGAAAUUCUAAUAUAUUUACAUUGUCUUUUGCAGUAAUAAAGUUAUAAAUGUAGUGAGCUAAUAUGGAGUUAAAUAAUGGAAGGCUGGGAAGCAGCUUUAACGGAAACAACGAGGCAAAUUACACCGAAUUAGAUUCCGACUCAGACGAUGAAAUUCAAUUCAUUGGAAUUCAACGGAUGCAUAAUCACGUACAGCAUGCCAAGAAUAUACUUCGCAAUUAUAUGAUAGUGGUCAACAAAAAUGCUAUAAUCACAAACAGAGAAAUGCAAGCUAAGCUCUUAAAUCUUCAUGAAAUGCUUACUGGCUUACUGCAUAAAUGUGAGCAGAAAUAUUUGCGAAACAAGGAUACUCUCGAAGGUUCAAGGAAAAGUGCUACAUAUCCAUAUGGAAAAUGUGGGGCACCAUUUUUUAAGGACCUAGAUAAAUUUCCUGCGCCUGUGAAUAGUGAUUACAGGACUAGAGUCGAAGAGAAAGGUGAACUGUUUCCCUUAGAUUUGAAAAUGAUUCCCCAACAUCACUGGACUGUUACUGACAGGCGCAAUUUAGUUCAAGCGGUGAAAACACAGGUUUUGAAUUAUCUACACACUAGGAAGAGGAUUGAAAAACAUGAAUUUAAUCGAGUUACUAGGAAAAAUAUGAAGCAGCAUUCUAGUAGGCUGGCGAACCUGUUUGAAAUUGCAGGUGAUAAUUUCAAAAUUGAUUGGGAGCUCGUGUCGAAAAUGAGUCUCAAGGAAAGACACUCGGAAGCGAACUGUUACGCAAUGUGGCAAGGCUACUUGAGACCUGAUCUCAAUCGUGGUGAAUGGAGAAAACAUGAAAACGAGAAUCUCAUGAGGGUAGCUAAAAAAUACAAUUUCCAAAAUUGGUCCUUGAUUAGCCAAGAAAUUCCUGGAAGAUCCGAAAACCAAUGUUUUGUACAAUUCCAACACACAGUGAAUUUGAAUUUGAAUAGUUCAAAGAAAUGGACAGCAUAUGAAGAUCGACAACUUUUAAGAGCAGUUAAACUUAAUUCAACGGGCGGAAAUGUAAAUUGGAACAAGGUCCGUGGAUACUUUAUCAACAGAGAUAAAAAGUCAAUAUGUAGACGAUAUACAAAUGUUUUAAAUCCCAACAUCAAAAAAGGUAGAUUCUCUCGCGAAGAAGACUGUGUAUUGUUAGCUGCUUUAGAAAAAUAUGGCGAAAAUUUCGCAUGCAUUCCAAUGUCGCUUUUCCCUAAUCGAAGUAGAAGUCAAGUGAAAACUCGUUGGCAUAACACCAUAAAAUACCAGAAUGUACAUCAAGCGUGGACAGUUGAGGACGAUGAGAAACUCAUUGAAUAUGUCAAACAGAAUGGCAAAGGAAAGUGGGCUGAACUCGCCAAAAUAAUGAAGACACAUACCCGAACCAGUUGCCGAACUCGUUAUAGCGUCAUAGAGAAAUUCUUCGCCAAAAACCCGGUUGCGACGGUGAAAGAUAUUCCACGGAAAAACAGGGGACUUCUCACGGAUGUGAACAGGGAUAAUUGGGUUGAAAAGAUUUACGAGCUUAAAACUCAGGGGGACACCUAUGCAGAGAAACGAGCUAAGCGUAGAGAAGUACAACAGAGACGAAGGGAAAAUCGACCUUGUAACUAUCGCAAUUUGCUAAGACCAGUUGGACGACAGUUCUAUGAACUAUUUAAAUAUUCAUAUGAUUACGAUUUCCAAAAGUCUCCAGGAAUUCAAAAUUUUGUCAAAAAGACGAUACCCAUACUCUUUAACUGUUAUGAGUUUGAGAUGCCGAUUAGGGAAUUUGGUAAUUUUCAUAAAUCGUUCACAAGAAACGAGGCUCGUGUAUUAGUAGCUUCUUAUAGCGAACGGAAUAGAAAGGAAUUCCAUGGAACACAAGAGAUCCCCCCAAACUGGGCUGCGCUCCUAGGCCUACGAGCACUUGUAAUUUUAAAAAAUAGUGACAAUUAUACAAAGAUUACACAAAAGGUCACAACAAAGUCGAGAACGCAAACAUCGGCCGAAUACACUUUUAGCAAGCGUUUUUUUAAUACUUUCUUCAACACAACGCUCCUUACAAAGCUGAAUCCAAGUUUACUUGGAAAUGACAAUGAUUUUGUCCUGAGAUAUUUUUCAGAUGAAAGCAAAAGUGACGUCAGUGAUCCUUGCAAAAGUGCUACACCUGAUAGUUGUGUAGAAGAAUUGACAUCGCCUAGUGCCAAAAAAGCGAAGUUAUAACUCGAACAAAUUUUCAUCGGCAAAAUAAACACUAAUAAAUUAAACUAAUUAUUUGAUAUUACUGAUUUUCUUUCCAGCUAGCUAGAAGUACUGGUACUUUUUUCAUAGCAAAAUAGGUAACAAAUGGCUUGAACAUGAGUUAACUCGGGAUAUAAUUCAUUCACAACAUCAUCGGCUUCCCGUUUGGGCUAAUUAAAAUCGCGAACUUUCACAUCAAAAUCUUCUCCAUACUAAAUUUAUAGCAGAAGGUCCGUUAUGCUCUCUUCAUCGUUUACAUUGAAAGGAACAAGACGAACUUAGCCUAUCCUCAAUUACGUUUCUAGUCGCCUCUGAUCCCAAAACGAUUCUGAUGUAACUUCUCCCAAAAGUGCGUGUGGAUCUGGAUCUAAAAAUUUAUCCAAUUGUCCUCGCGCUGUUUUACUUGAUAAAUCCAUUUUAUCCAAAAUAUUCACGUGUGGCCAUCACACUUAGUUCUGCCAUUAUUCCCGAUAGAAAUUUUGCUGGACGAGUAGAGUUCGAAAUUUUUCAUCAUUUGGCAUUAGGUUUUUUCGAUAGUUUCAAUAUUUUUACACUGGAUUGCUUCGUGCUCUUUUACUUUUUAACGGAAGAAUUUGCUCUUCCGCUACUUCCACAAGCACUGCCGACAUUUCGAGUAAUAUAAUAUUAUGGAUGAGCUAUCUGACUAGUAAAAUUGUUUUCCUCUCUCAAUUAGUUCGAUACAAAACAACCUGUUUGGCAAAAAUGGUCUCUCUUUAGUAUACAGGAAGUUAGAUAAAAUAUUCAGCCGAUUAAAAGAUGAUAGGGGACCGAAAAUAUCUUCAAAAUUUAGAGUAGUUGUAUUGACGAUAUCAAUUUAGAUUUAAAGUUUGACCCAAAGUCUGAUCCCGCUGACUAUGGAAUCAGUCUCCCCAGAGUCAUCUUUAGGUGACAUUAGUAUGGACGCGUUUUGCUUGUAAGAGCAUAGAAAAUCAAAACGGGCCCACAACAGAAACACCUCCGUCUAUGCUAAUGCGUAAUGUUUUUACCACUUUUCGCUUUUAAAGAACAGAUUCAAGUAUGUUAGCCACAGUUGCGACAAAAGGCAGGUUCUGAUUUAUAUCACGUUGUAUAUAACGGAAUGUCUGAAGAAGUUUCAAUGGUAUGCCAGUAAGAGUCAGGGUAUGCAAGAGAUGUAUAGUUUGGCAAUUUGUAAAUUCACAUCCCUGGAGAAGCGGGCUUUCCACUAAAUGCUGUAUAUGCAAAACCUUUAUACCCCAUUGAAGAUUUCCUAAAAAUAUUUGUAGCUGUUAUAAGGAUUUUCAGACCAUUGUUCUGAAAAAGAAAAUUUGACUAUUCCACACGUUUUAGUGGAGUUUCUUCCAAAAUCUUUCUGCUCUAACUCACGAACAAAUAUCAGUUUAAUUAAUUGCUUGAACAGCUUUACAUCAUUUCUGCGUCAAUAUCUUCAACAAAUCAGACAUGAGACAGGCAAUCGAGUUUGUGUGAGAGUUUUUUCUAUCGAUGAUGGUAGGCCGUGUUUUGCUAAGAAGAAGUUCAUGGACAAAUUAUUAAUCAGGUCGGGACAAUACAGCGCAUCAUAUUCGAUGUUUCUAUUUACAUGUGGAAUGAAAUGAAUUAUAUUGUGGAUAAAAGAAUUGUCAAAAAUUAUUUAAUGAAAGGUUUCUGUUACGUACGCAACAACUGUGGGACCACGUUGGACGCCAACUCUGUUACGAAUGGGAGUAUGGCGUUGCAUCACCUUGGCACCAACAAGGUUUCCAAGGCCAUCAGCCAGCCAAACUCCCCUAGUAGGUUUGCUAGUCGUGAGCAACGACUGCGCGAGAUAAUAUCUCGAAUUGGACGUACGUGCUGGAGCUAACCCUGAGGGCCGAGGUUCUUGGUUCUUAAAUAGUACCUUCCUCCCAAGACACAGGGAUCUUAUCAUGUACCUUGACUUAAUAGUCGAAAAACUAAACCCACCCGGGGUAAACUUUUCUAAUAGAGACGUGAAGUCCCGAGAUGGCUUGAUACCACCGAAAAUUUCAAUCCCAAAGGAGCUAAACUGCCCAACGGGCUAAUAAGGAAGGGUACACCAUUACAAAAAAAACCUAAUGUUCGCGUGAUGGACGGGGCAGAAUUAUCCUUGAGUCGAUUCAGGCACCUACGCGACGAGUGGCCCCGGUCUUUCUUCUUUAUGGGAGGCCAGAUGACAUGGUGGCCCACCCCAACCUAAACGUUCGCCCCGUGCCGUUUCCAACAUAUGAGAGGACUGAUGCCUUUCUGGGGAGUUUAGGGCAAAAUUAAUUCAUAAUUACUCAUAUAUACUUAAUUUACUUUAAAUCAAUCGUUUUUUUUUGUUUCCACGUUUGCAAAAGUUUUUCUUUCUUUGAGUAAAUAAUAUAAAAAUUUCGUUAGCAAUUUAACUUCUAACUCAGAGAAUUUUCAAUUCUCAACAAAUAUAAAUAUAAAUCAACUUAGUUGUUACAAUAUUUGUGUACACUGGUUUCGCUUGUUGUUUAACUUUCGAUCAUUUCUUCAAAAUUGUAUAGUAACCGAUAGUUAUCUAAGGUUUUCAUAUUUGUCAUGUCGCCCUGCAUCUUAAAAUACACGC